CUUGCGUCCUUAUGUCAGUAUCAGUCAGUAUAUACGCGCAAGAGUGAGGACGACAUCGUAAUAAUUGCGUUGAACCGCGAGUCGAGUCGUGACUACGAGCAGUCUUCAAAAGUUUAUAGUGCCAAACAGCCUGAGAAAUAAAAGAGGCAUUUAAAACUACGUGUAUGCACGGGAAACACUAGACUCCAUUAGACAGUAUACCAGGAACGAAUAAUCAGCUACGUUUCUGUGUGAAAGCUGAGAAGAACAUCUGAGGAUCUUUGUAAUCCCCAGCAGUAUUUUCAGUUUAGCGUUUAGAAUCAAAAUUGUACCAAGCAUUCAUGGAGUUAUACAGAAGAGUCCUGUUCUGAGUCGGAAUUCGGAAAUAUGUCCCGUGAAGGACACCGCACUUACGUAGCAUUCUCAACGUGGAAUAAUUUGGAAUGUGGUCUCUUUUCAAUUCUCGAUCUGUAGCCGCUUGUAAAGGAAGCUUAUCUUCACCAGUGGGAACAAAUAAAUAAAGAAGAAAAAGAAUUACUGAAGAAUGCCGUCAAAGCAGAGAAAAAUAGCCAUUAUGGGUUACAGAUCCGUAGGAAAGUCUUCACUCAGUAUACAGUUUGUGGAGGGACAAUUUGUGGACUCUUAUGACCCUACGAUUGAAAAUACAUUCACAAAGAGCACACGGGUCAACAGCCAAGAUUAUGAGGUAAAGUUAGUCGAUACAGCUGGUCAGGAUGAAUACAGCAUUUUUCCUACACAGUACUCCAUGGACAUUCAUGGAUAUGUUCUGGUCUACAGUAUAACAAGUGCAAAGAGUUUUGAAGUUGUACAAACCAUAUACGAUAAGCUGCUUGAUAUCACAGGCAAAGUCCACGUUCCAAUUGUUCUUGUUGGAAACAAGACAGAUCUCUAUGUGGACAGGAUGAUUUCCACGGAGCAGGGAAGACGUUUAGCAGAUUCAUGGCACGCAGCUUUUCUAGAAACCAGUGCAAAGCAAAAUGAGUCGGUGGCCGACAUUUUCCAUACGUUAUUGAUCGAAAUUGAAAAGGCGGACGGUAAUGUACAAGAAAAAUCGAACUGCGUCAUCUCUUGAACUUGGUUAGCUAGGCCCUUGCUACAGUACGGAACACACUUUUAUUGAUGUAUUCGUGAUGUAUUAAAAGGCGAUAUAUUUUUAUGACUGUUUAAGUUGAUAAGAAAGAUCAAUAUUCCAUUCGAUAUGCUUUCGACCGGCUACAAAAAAUGCGUCGAUUUUGUAAGAUCUGUUACAUAAUUCUGUGAAGGGCAUAUUUUAUUAUUAGUAAAAAGGUCAGAACGGUGCAUGCAAUAUGAUAGUUUUACUGAAAACUUGCAUCUCUUAUCGCACGUGCAUCCGCCUCGAGUCAUAAUUUAUCAGUGUGAUGACAAACAGCGUUCUUUUUUAAAAAUGAGUCAAUUAUCGUUUCGAUCGAACAAUUUUAUGAUGCAGCAUGAAUAUUACUACGAUAAGAUAUCCUAUAAUAAGCAAUAGGCAAUAUGCAAGUUUCGUAGUCUGUUAAGCUCGGGGUAGACAAAGUCUUGUGUUUUCAACCCCUUCACUUCUCAACAGACCUUCUAUCAGAGACAAGAAAUCAAUUUAUCGCAACUCAUCGAGACCAAAAGAAAGCUAGAUAUCCGUUCUGUAAGGAAUGUGACGAGUCUACUUCGAUUUUGUUGAUCAAAUACAGACUCUGAUAAUAGUAUACAGAUACAUUUCUUACUUCAGUAAGUACUUUUACUUUGAUACGUUACGUAACUGCUAAAUAUCUUGACGUUUAAUUGUCCUAGUUUGACUUACCAUAGAUAAAUAAAUAAAAUUCAGCAAAUUAAAAAGCAUUUCUACGCAUACUUAUGUAUAUUGUAGUAACGUUGAUGGUUAUCAUCACCUAUGAUAACUGAUAGUGAAUUCUUUUGUGAACAUGAAAGAUACCAUUUAUUUAUAAUUUUCUGUUCUUGACGUUGUUGUCGGGACAAACAAGUUUACAUAGAAAGGACACUUUGAAUAAAACGGAACUGCCAAUCGUUAGCAGGUUCAAAGAUUAUACACAAAAUUGGAUUGUUACAAUAUAUAUUAAUCACCUUUGCCGCUCAUCGUCAUUCUCUCUUUCUUUCCAAUUACUUUUUUUAACUUUUACAGCGUUACAUACGAUCAUAUAGGACAGUAGAAACAUGUUGAGAAUUGCGAAGAGUACCCACGACGUCUUACGAUAUAAUAUAUAUGUAUAGUAUAUAUACUAUAUAAAUAUACACGUAUGCAACUUA